AUGGGUGUUGUGGUCAUCAUAAUCUUGUGCUUGCAGUACAAUGAGUUGGGUGCUCUCUGUGACUACCAUCAUAACAGUUGCUUUGUUGGUUUUGUUUGCGUUACCGUCUUAUACAAUAAGGAUCCAAUUGAAGAUUUUGACGGUGAUGGGGUAAAUUAUUACCCACAUUUUCAGACCGAUCAAUUAUUUCCAACGUAUCGAGAGUUGUCACAAUGGGCGAAAGACAUUGCACUAACACUCAAAUUUCAACUUGUGAUUUCUUACAACCAUAACGGAUGGUUGUAUUUGAAAUGCAAUCGUGGUGCAAGAGAUAGGGGAAAAAAUAGAGAUCUUAGUGUUGCUCAACGACCAAAGACAAAAACUCAACAUUGCGGUUGCAAGUUUUUGAUCAAGGGUUAUAAAGUUUCUGAUGAUGAAGGAUGGCAGAUUGUCUUGGGUCCCGAUGCAUAUGGAAAACACAACCAUGAGCUAAUUGUCUAUGAAGAAGACAAUCGACAAAUGAGCAAGCUUAGUCCGGGUGCGAAGCAACUUGUUCGUGACUUGACCGAUGCAAAAGUGAAGCCACUAAAUAUCUUAGCGGCUGUACGGAAUCAGUUUCCUGAUGAUCAUCCCAAUCGUAGACAUAUUUACAACUUUAGGGAUCGGUUGAGACUUGAAGAUGCUGAUGGUCGAGCUGCUGUUACAUAUUUCCUUGAACUUAGUAUCGAGUCGCAGUAUACACAUUGGAGCUUGGUUGACCCGGAUACGAAUGUUUUGACUCAUGUAUUUAUGGCACAUCCUACGUCUCUAGCGCUCUUACGCACGUAUCCGUGGGUCAUUGGCAUUGAUUCAACUUACAAGAUAAACAAAUACAAAAUGCCUUUUUUGGAGCUCGUUGGUGUUACUCCUUGCAACAUGAAUUUCUUGACCGGGUAUACUUUUAUGAAGGAUGAGAGCGCUGUGAGCUAUGCAUGGGUGAUAGAUAAGUUAAAGUUGCUGGUUGGUAGUGAUGUAUCGCCUACGACUAUUAUAACCGAUUGUGAGUUGGGUUUGAUGUCGCCUAUUCGGGAAAUAUUUCCUGACAUUGCUCAUUUACUAUGCACAUGGCAUAUUAACAAAGAUGUAGAGCAUAGAGUUAAGAAAAUAACGAAUAAUAAAGAUCAAGGAAAAAUUUUCAGGUUGACAAGGUGGAAUCCAAUUCUCAAUGCCACCACAUUGGAUGAUUAUAAUAGAGCGGUCCGGAAAAUGGAGGAAUCUUAUGUAGCAUUUCCUGCUGUGAUUUCUUAUGUGAAGGACACUUGGUUAAACAAUCAUAAGGAGAAAUUUGUGAAAUUUUGGACCAAUGGUGUGCUUCACUUCGGCAAUGUCACCAAUUGUAGAGUGGAAAGUGCACAUUCAUCUUUGAAGGGGUGGUUGGAAACUUCAACUGGUUCUCUCGAUUCUGUAUGGGCCAAGGUAAACAAGGCAAUUGAAGAUCAGGUCACACAGAUUAAGCAAUCACUUGAGCGCAGUCGACGCAGUCAUGGGCGGAUAUAUGAUGUUAUGCCAUUACAACAUCUUAAUGGACGUACCUCCCACCAUUGUAUGUUGUUGUUGGUGAAUGAGAAGAAAAGAAUGAGAGAGUUAAGUCAUGAGGUGAAUGUUCGGUGUGGAUGUGUUUGUAAGACAACUCAUCAGAUUCCCUGUGCAUGUGAUAUACGUCGUGCCAUUGAUUCGGGGACAUACUUCUACUUAGACCAAGUGCACCCCUUUUAUAGGACACUAGUGAUUGGUGAGGAUGGUUGUGUUCCGACUCCAUUGGAUGACCCCGAUCAUCAGUCACAGGACAGUCGAUUUUUUGAGAGUCUUGUGCGUGAGGUGAGUAGAAGUGACCCGGCAAUCAUGCGUUCUGUAUCUCGCCUAAUAGAUGAACAUCUCCAUUCCGAUCAAUUUGAUGUUAAUGAGCCGCCUAGGAACACAACUACUAGAGGGAGACCACAAUCAAAUAAUACACGACGUAAUCGUAGUGCAUGGGAGUAUACACGUGGUACUCGUGGGCGUCGUGGUCGUAAUGGGGGACGCGGUGAUGGUGGUCGUAGUGGAGGUCGAGGAGGAAGAGACAUUUCAGAUUUUCCUUACCUUUAUGGGCUUCCCGAUAUCAUCAAACCAUUUGUGGAGGAUUGGAACAAUGUAAUGGGUGACGGGAAUUGUGGAUUUCGAUGUGUUGCAGACUUUUUCUUAGGUGGGCAAGACAAUUGGAUACAAGCUCGGUAUUUAAUUGUGAACGAGGUUAAGGCAUAG